UAUGUUCCACAUGUCCAUAUUUCUGUUCCAGAAUGAGCGUGGAUUGGAUUGGCUAUGGCUAUGCAGCACUGGUUGCUUCGGGUGGAGUAAUCGGCUAUGCAAAAGCAGGCAGUGUUCCAUCUCUAGCAGCUGGUCUCCUGUUUGGUGGUUUAGCCGGGCUGGGUACUUACCAGCAGUCUCAAGAUCCGAAGAACAUUUGGCUUUCUCUGAUUGCAUCUGGAACCUUGACUGGAGUGAUGGGAAUGAGAUUCUAUAAGUCCAGGAAAUUCAUGCCUGCAGGGCUGAUUGCUGGUGCCAGUCUAUUAAUGGUGGGGAAGCUGGGACUACAGAUGAUGGAAAAGCCCCUUCAGCCAUAAUUGCACAGCGGACAAGAAGCCAGACAAGACAAGUCUGGAGAGACUUUCUGAACAGCUAACUUGAAACGAGUACCUGACUCUUAUCUGUGUUCAUUUGAUACCAAAAGUUCUUGAUUGCCUAGCCUCUGGGUGUACCAGAGCAGAAUGUUGGCACAUAUGCUGAUUGUUCUCUUUACGGGCUGCUAGAGCACAACGAUACAGCUAAGGCUUUUACUUCUCAAAAACUUGCACAAUACGCAUUUCGUGCCACAGAUCGGAGCAUUUUAGGCCUGUGAGGAGGGGAAGUGAGACAGAAAUUUCUAAUGAUGCUAACACCCAUCAUGAAACGUACGUCUUAAACUCGUUUCUAUUCUUCCUGUUCCUGCUCUGUGCCGCCACCCCCUCCCCCCAUGUGCAUUUAUUUUGCUAAACAGAAAUUUUUGAAUAUUCUAUACAAGGAUGGCAGCAUUUUUAAAAACCUCUCCAGAUGGGGCAACAAUCAAGGAUCAGAGGCUUCAUGAAGUAAGCCCUAUUGAGCUGAGUGUUUCUGAAUAAAUGUGCGUAGGACUGGAUUGUAUGCUGUGCAAGUUUCCCCCUAAAAUCGAGUGCAAAUUUGUUGAAUAGUUGGGGGAAGGAGAUGUACAAACUGUCAUUAGAUCAAUGACUUUUUAACUAAUAAAUAUAAUUUUAAUGA